CGAACGGAACGGAGCCACGAAAGUUUCGUUACAAUAACAAGUGAAAUGCUCCGGUUAACCAUCAGUGUUAUUAUUGUUGCAAUCUCAUCGAUCGCAGCUGGAUCCAGAAUUCUAGGCAUUGCACCGUAUCCAGCUCACAGCCAUCAGGUGAUUUUUAGAGCGCUGACGAACGAACUUGUGAGACGUGGUCAUGAAGUGGUUAUAUUCACAGCCUAUCCUACAAAUGUAAAUCUAACGAAUUAUACGGAAGUCGACGUAAGCAUUUUAACCCGUAAAUGGAAAAGCAAAAUGGACUUUUACAAAGUGGGACAACAGGAAGGCAUAUUGUCCUUUAUGCACAAUGUAGUAGAGUUUGGAGAGGAGGUCAGCGAUACAGUGCUCUCUCACCCUGUAAUGCAACAAAUCAUAGAUCCGCGAACUACAGAAAAGUUCGACGCGAUCCUGAUACAACAACUCGCCUACGAUGCUCUGAACGCAGUGUCAAUUCGACUAAAUAUACCGAUCAUUGGAGUAUCAUCGCUGGACCUUAUAAUCCCACAACAGAUUCACUUCGGAUUAAAUUUACUGGAAUCUUCUGCACGAAGUCCAGUAACUGGUAAACGAAUAGAUGGUUUAUUUGAUCGAAUAUAUCAGGCCUAUUUUACUUCGCGCAUCGCGUACAUGUAUUACUAUCAGAAUUUACCAAUUCAGGAGAAAGUAAUGCGAAAACAUUUCGGUGAUACUGUACCACCAAUUGAAACAGUUAAAAACCAAAUAGAUAUUUUGUUAUUAAGUGUUCAUCAGUAUUUCACCGAUAGUCGACCAACGGUUCCUGGUAUCAUACACAUUGGUGGAUGUCGUUUCUCAAACCAUACUAAGAAUAAACGUCUGCCUCCGGAUCUACAAACUGAACUAGACAAUGCAAAGUCUGGAUUCAUAUACAUGAGUAUGGGUUCUAAUGUGAACGUUAAACAGUUACCUCUUCAUAUAAGAAACAUGAUAUUGUCAGUAUUCGCAGAGCUACCAUACACAGUCCUCUGGAAAUCUGAGAUUGAUCUGGAAAACAAGCCUGAUAAUGUAAUUUUACGAAAGUGGUGUCCUCAAGAACAAGUUCUCGCACAUCCGAACAUCGUAUUGUUCAUCUAUCAAGGCGGCCUUCAGAGUACAGAAGAGGCGUUAGAAUACGCAGUGCCAUUGCUAGGCAUGCCUGUCUUCGCUGAUCAAUUUUUGAAUGUUUGGGCAUUAAACGAUCAUGGUGUGGCGGAGGUAUUGCAGUUCGCCAAUAUCGACAAAGAAACAUUCAAACAAACCAUUCUAAAAGUAAUCACAAAUCAAAGUUACAAAGAAAAUAUCAGGAAGCUUAGUGACUUGUUGCACGACCUGCCGCAGCAUCCGAUGGAUCUCGCUAUGUGGUGGAUAGAGCACGCUAUCCGUCACAAAGGGGCGAAACAUAUUCGAAGCCAUUUCCAAGAUAUGGAGAUCUACAAGAUACACCACAUCGAUAUUUUUGCUGUCUUCGUUGUUUUUUGCAUUUUGAGCCUGACCAUUACGUUGUUAGUUCCAUGUGUCAUUUAUAGGAGUAUCAAGAAAUUUAUGAAACUUUACAUAGUUAAAUCUUUAAAGGUAGAGUAAAUAUUGCCGCAUAAACCGGUGAAAUAAUCACCGCACAAAUUCUAGCGGUUUAUUUAUUAGGCUAGGAAUGAGAGAAAUUAAAUUAAAUAGUAAUUCUAAUUUAUUGUGUCACAUAAAAUCAUCGACGACUAAUGACGAAAUAUGCUAAAGUGACAUUCGCUGAUUUUGGUGCAAUUGUGGUAGAAAACUUGCCAAGUUCGAAGUGUUCAGAGUUACCUUGUAGAAACAAUGACUGAGAGAGUCAUCUUUUACAGUAAGAAUUUGCACAUCGCAAGACACGGUAAAUACAUGACACUUACAAAUGAUUUAUCUGUAGAAAAUUUUUUUGAGACUUUUAAACAUGAUCAUUAAAAAUUGUUCUUUCGAUACAUGAUCAUUAAAAAAGUAAUGUAUCUAUAAGAAUUUAUAUGUAAUAGAAAAGAAUAUAUUUAUGUAAUAAAACUAACUACUCGAAUAUCUUUAUAAAACAUGUUUACAAAGUACACAAUUGUGAGAGUAGGGUGCGAAAUGACUGACAUUAUUUAACGGUAACACUUAUUUAUUAGUCAACGCUUAAAAAGUACGCGGAAGAAUUUGUGUCUGACCUACCGCCAGAACGAACGAACGUGAAGUGGUUCUUGUUGCCACGGCGGCUUCCACGAAGACGUCCCUUCACCCCCACAUCUUUGUCCGUAGAGAAAGAUAUGAGGUACACGGAAAUCCCCGUGAUUCCGUUCAGAAAAGAUUUUCCCCACGUGCGGAGCUAGCUUGUUUAUUUGCUUCAUUGCCCGUUUUAGGGCUCGGCAAAUUUACGCAUCCGCACGGGUCUGCGACGCCGAUGUUUGCUUAUCCGUGCUACCUGGGCUAAAGCAUCCGCUCGGCAAGAAAAUCUUUUCUGCGUCUCGUUAUGCCGUCACAACAAUUAUGGUGUAUUCAUAAUUACCUAGUGUUCAUUACAAAGAAAAUUAAUUAGUCGCUUAUGAAAUAUCAAACAACAUUAAAAAAGAACGAACUUUUG